AUGGGUAAAAAGAAACCUGAGAUGUCUCAAGUCUACCAUGGAUCCACCAAUGAAUUCAUAUUUGGUGAACAUGGAGGUAAAGGCAAAAAUCUUUCAUCAUUCUUAAAGAAUUUAUCUUUAACUUCAAGUUCUUCAUCGUCAUCAACCAGAAAAUCAUCAGUGACCAACAAAUCAAGUCUUGAUUCUUAUGAAGAUGCGAAUAGUAAUAUAUAUGGAACAUUAAGUUAUAGUGGAGGUGUUGUAAGUGGAGGAGGAACAAGUCCACCAAAGAGACCACCUAGUGCGCAAAGAGCUGUAAGUUUGGGUGCGGCUGGCAGUCCUGCUGGCUUUUCUCAUCUUACCAAAACACCAACUCAACAAUCAGCUUCGUUUGAUAAGAAUGGAAGACAAUCGCCUGCUAAAUUUGGAUCAAUAGGAUCAACAGGAGGAGGAACAACCGGAACUGGGGGGAGCAAUAGAAGAAGAUCACAUUCUGUUAGCAGAUAUGCAGAUUUAGAUGAUGAUUGGGAUGCUGAUUUAAAAGAAGUUGCCAUUCCACCUCCUAAGCUUUUAUCACAAGGGGAUACAAGAGCCUCAUCGAGAUCGUCACUUAGUUUACAACCUAGUCCGAUGUUGGAUUCGUUAUAUCCGGAUUUAACUAUGCCUGCCACAACAGCAACAACAAGAACAGCGACAGGAGCAGGAGCAGGCGCAGGAGCAGGCGCAGGAGCAGGAGCAGUAGGUGUUCUGAGUCCAACACGUAACCCGAAUGGAAGAGAUCCAAAAGAAUCGAUGGAUUUUGAAGAUAUGCAAACAAAAAUGGAAAUUCAUAAAUUGAAUCUAUUAAAUAGUAAAUUUGCAAAAUUUAGAAAAGUAUUAACAUCAGAUUCAAAUAUUGAUUUACAAGAUUUAAGAAAAUUAGCUUGGAAUGGAAUUCCGAAUGAAUUAAGAGCAAUUUCUUGGUUAUUAUUAUUAGGUUAUUUACCUACUAAUAAAUCACGUCAAAGAUCAACCUUAAAAAGAAAAAGACAAGAAUAUGUUGAUGGGUUAAAUAAUGUUACGAUUGAAUUUCAUGAAGAUUCUCCUACUAAUGAUUCAACGACUUCAUUGAGUAAUACAACAACAACUACAAAUGCGACUCAGAAUAAAGAUAAGCAAUUAUAUCAUCAGAUUAAAAUUGAUGUCAAGAGGACAAAUCCAACUAUGAAAUUGUAUGCAUAUCCAGCUACUCAAUUAUCACUUAGGAAAAUAUUAUAUCUUUGGGCAGUUAGACAUCCUGCAAGUGGAUAUGUACAAGGUAUAAAUGAUUUAUGUACUCCAUUUUAUCAAAUAUUUUUAAAUAAUUAUAUUUGGCAAUUGCAAAGAAAGCAAAUCCAAAUCCAACAACAACAGCAGCAACAAAAAACGGCAACCAGAGUCUCGUUCGAAGAAGAAGACUUAUUCAUACCAGGUUAUUUGGCGGGUCCAGAAGAUGAAGAAGAUCCACAAGAACAAAAACUCCUAUCUGAUCCGAAUCUACCAGCUUACAAUUUAGAUUCAUUCGAUACUGGUCUUUUAUCGCCUCGUGUCACGUCCAUAAUCGAAGCCGAUGCAUAUUGGUGUCUAUCACGACUUUUGGAAAAUAUUACCGAUAAUUAUAUCCAUGAACAACCAGGUAUAAUCCGACAAGUGAAUGAAUUGCGGAAUCUUAUAUCAAAAAUUGAUCCGGAAUUAUUAAAACAUUUUGAUCAAGAAGGGAUUGAAUUUAUUCAAUUUUCAUUUAGAUGGAUGAAUUGUUUAUUAAUGAGAGAAUUACCAAUGCAAUUGAUUAUAAGAAUGUGGGAUACUUAUCUUUCGGAAACUCCAUUGGGAUUUAAUACUUUUCAUACUUAUGUAUGUGCUGCAUUUUUGAUUAGAUUUAGUCUGGAUUUGAAAAUGAAGGAUUUUCAAGAGAUUUUAUUAUUUUUACAAAAUCCUCCUACUAUGACUUGGACAGAGAAGGAUGUGGAAUUGAUGUUGAGUGAAGCUUUUAUUUGGCAGAGUUUAUAUAAGAAUGCUGCUGCACAUUUGAAGUAA